AUGGGUGCUUUUUCACUGAUCCGAGUUGGACAAGCUCAAGUUAAACCAGUUCUGUCUGUGCAGCCGAAUUCACCCCAAAUAUUCAGAGGAGAGACAGUUACACUCACAUGUACUAUUCCAGGAGGAAUGAGACUGUACCACUGGUACAGAGAUGAUUUUCAUGUUCAGGACUCUGUUAAAAAUGUCUUCACUAUAAAAAUGUAUCAAAGUUACAAAUACAAAUGUUAUGGGUCUUAUAGUCUACGGUCAACGACACUAUGGAGUAAUAAAGUGACUCUCACAGUAAUAGAAAAACUUAAACCUGAACUCACAUCAGAUCUUAAAGGAGCUGCACUGACAGGAAACUCAGUGACUCUGUACUGUACACUGAAGCUGCAGUCUGCUGGAUGGAAGUUUUAUUGGAGCAAAGACACACAGAGACGUGAGACUGAGACUGAAACACACUCCUACACCAUCAGAUCAGUUAAUGUUUCUGAUGGAGGUCAGUACUGGUGCAGAGCUGGAAGAGGAAUCCCAGUCUACUACAUACACUACAGUGAUGCACUCUGGGUAAAUGUUACUGAGAAUCUUAAGCCUGUGGUGAUCAUAAAGCCUGAUCAUCAUGUGUUCAGAGGAGAGACUGUAACUUUCAGAUGUGAUAUACAGGGAGGAGGAGACACUGAGUGGCAGUACAACUGGUAUACGAAUAAUAGCCAAUUAUACCACAAUACACAGGAGUUCAGCCUCAACUCAGUUAUACAUGAAGACAGCGGUAACUACACCUGCAGAGGAUUGAGAAGCAGUGACACUCAGAUAUCAGAGAUCAGUGAUGCUGGUACUCUCACUGUAUCAGAAACAGCAGAGGCAGUAGUCAGUGUGUCUCCACAGAGUUGGCUGACUGAAGGAGACUCAGUGACUCUAAACUGUGAGAUUGAAUCCUCCUCUACAGGCUGGACAUUCAGCUGGUACACAGAUGUUCUCUACAGAGACACAGGUUCCUACAGGCACAGACCAGAGCUUCUCACAGACAGCAGCAGAGGAUCUGGAGGAUCCUACACACUCAGUCCUGUUACUCUGAACCACACAGGAGUUUAUAUGUGCAGAGCAGUGAGAGGAGAACAAGACUAUUACUCACAGUACAGCAAACAACAGCCACUGUGGAUCACUGGUGAAUCUUCUCCAGUGUCUCUGAUCAUCAAUCCCAGUAGAUCUCAACACUUUACUUCUGCUUCUCUCUCACUGAGCUGUGAGGACCAGACAAACUCUAAUGGAUGGACAGUGAGACGAUACACACAAAAUGAGACAUGGUUUGAUUGUUCAUCAGUUUCAGGAUUUAACAUCAGCCCUCUCGAUAUAUCACACACUGGAGUUUACUGGUGUCAGUCUGAAUCUGGAGAAUGCAGUAAUCCUGUCAACAUCACAGUGCACAAUGGUGAUGUGAUCCUGGACAGCCCUGUCCAUCCCGCGACUGUUGGGCGUUCCCAGACUUUACACUGUUUAUAUCGCAAAACAACAAAUCCAGCUUCUGGUGUAGAUUUCUAUAAAAAUGAUUCGGUGGUCCAGAGCAAGACUGCAGGGGAGAUGUUUAUUCAUAGUGUCUCAAAGUCAGAUGAAGGUUUCUACCACUGUAAACACCCCGAGAGAGGAGAGUCACCAAAAAGCUGGAUUUCAGUCAACUAUCAAAUCUCAGGUUCUGGGUUUGGUAUUGAUAAAGUAGCUGUUGCUGUUGGAGUGAGUUCAGCUUUGCUGUUCAUCAUCCUCUUACUGAUCGUGCUGUGGUACUGUUGGCACAAAUCCAGCAAAGAAAAGAACAGAGAAAUGCAGCAGAGCAGCAAUCUGACCCCAGAUCAAAACCCAGGAGAAUUUUUUCCUGUAGAAAAUGUGCACAUUUAUGCCACUGUGGAAAAUGCCAGUAAAAGCGAUGCUGCAGCUGAGCCCAAUGCGGCUGUUUACGCACAGGUCAUGAAGAAAGACAAGCCAUACAAAAAUAAAGAUGAUGAAGAUGCUGAACCCGGUGAUGUGACCUAUAUUGAGCUUGAACAUAAGCCACAGAACGAAGCAAGUAAAAAUCAAGUGAAGCGCAUUGUAGAAUCUGAUACUGUUUACUCGGAGCUGAAGCAGAACACAUUAACACAGGCCACUGAUCAGUCAGGCAUACAUCAGUGUGACAGGAUGGAGCUCCAUCCACUCUACUUUAAGAUUUUGCUUAUUUCACUGAUCCAAGUUGGACAAGCUCAAGAUAAACCAGUUCUGUCUGUGCACACAAAUUCACUCAAAAUAUUCAGAGGAGAGAGAGUUACACUUACAUGUGAUAUUCCAGGAGGAAGUAAAACGUACAACUGGUACAGAGAUAAUGUUCCUGUUCACAGAUCUGAUCAUUAUGUCUACACUAUAAACAUAGAACAGAAUCACAAAUACAGAUGUUAUGGGUCUGGUAAUGGAUGGUCAACACUACUGAGUAAUGAAGUGAUUCUCUCAGUGAUAGAGAGACCAAAAGCUGUUGUGACUCUGCAGCCUGAUGGACAGAUAUUCAGUGGAGAGAAAGUCACUUUCACAUGUAAAAUAAAAGGAGAUGGAGACACUGAAUGGACAUACAAUUGGUAUAAAGAUGAUGCCCAGAUUUUCUCUGAAAUUGUACAUAUGAAAUAUCCAUUCCUUGCUAGAGAGUCUAACAGUGGUAAAUACAACUGCAGCGGUCAGAGAAAAAGCGACUCUCAGAGCUCAGAAACCAGCAACGCUGUUACACUCACUGUGUCAGAAAAACCUAAACCUGAACUCACAUCAGACCCUAAAGAAGCUGCACUGACAGGAAACUCAGUGACUCUGUACUGUACACUGAAGCUGCAGUCUGCUGGAUGGAAGUUUUACUGGAGCAAAGACACACAGAGACGUGAGACUGAGACUGAAACACACUACCACACCAUCAGAUCAGUCAGUGUCUCUGAUGGAGGUCAGUACAGGUGCAGAGCUGGAAGAGGAAACCCAGUCUACUACACACACUACAGUGAUGCACUCUGGGUAAAUGUUAUUGAUCCUGAACCUAAUAUUGAUAAAGCAGUUGUGGCUGUAGGAGUGGGUUCAGCUUUGCUGUUCAUCAUCCUCUUACUGAUCCUGCUGUGGUGGUGUUGGCACAAAUCCAGAAAAGAAAGGAAUAAAGACAUCCAACAGAACAGCAAUCUAACACCAGGCCAGAACCCAGUAGAUGAGGACUCUCUGUCAGGAUACAUAUCACUCCAGUCUGAAAAUGUACACAUUUAUGCCACUGUGGAGAAUGCAGAUAAAAGUAAUGCCGUAGCUGAACCCAGUGGGGCCAUUUAUGCACAGGUCUUGAAGAAAAACAAGCCAUACCACAAUAAAGAUGAAGAUGCUGGACCCAGUGAUGUCACUUACAUUGAGCUUGAACACAAGCCACAGAAUAAAGUGAGGGAAAAUCAAGUGAAGACCAAUGUAGAAUCUGAUACUGUUUACUCAGAGCUGAAGGAAAACUCAUAGAUUCCAUCAGAGAACAGAAGGUGCUUGUGGCUGAACAGGGCUGUUUCUGGACAUUCUGGCCUCCAUUCUUCUACCUUCCAGAAUAAAUAAAAGGCACUUGAAACAAAUAUAAUCUCCAAUCUCUAAACCGUUAUCAGUACUUUAUAAAUGUCUUUAAAUGUUUAUAUUAAUACAAUUUUAACUAAGGUCAAUAAAAUUUAAAAAAGGUCAUAUAAACCAGCUUAUUCUUCAUGACUCACUAUAUGGAAUAAGGAAAAUUUUAGCCUGCUCUUUACAGUAAAAUGAGGGUAUAAUGCCUUUUUUAUUGAGCAUCACCGACUGAUGUUUUUAUUUACAAAUGUAUAGUUUUUCUUAGUAUUUUUGUACGUCGUCAUGGCGCUCACACUGUUUGUAACUCAAUAAACCAGCUGCAAAUAAUAAUCCAUCUUGAAAUGGUGCAGAUGCGAAUCAGCAGAAUAAGACUAUUUUAAUAAUACUUUACAAUCAAAAAUACUUGAUGAUGGCUCACAUAGCUGUAGAGCAUUGCUUUGUGUGCUGUUUAGCUUCUCGCUUAGCAGCCUCUGAGGGAUGCAUGCAUUUUGGUGCCACUGAAAUGCAUUUAGAUGGUUGGAACUCACAUGAAUGGUGAAUAAAAUGAUGAUAUUAACUGGUUCCACUUAAGAUGAGUGACAGUUGUUUAUAUUCAUGAACAAAAGCCUUUUCUUAUGCUGCCCAUUUUGAUUGGUGAACUAGUGUAUAGGUUUGUUAGGGUUAUGGAGGCCCCUCAAAUAUUGCAGUAAUUUAAUUCACAUCUAUCCAGAUGUAGUUACAGAGCAAUCACUGCAAAUGGCUGUACCCAAUAUAAACACUUACAAAAAAAAAUAUAGACACUCAUCUCAAGACUAAAAAGGUAGCGAGAGUGUUUGCCAUCUCACCUACCAAGAAAACACAGACAAUUUUGCUCUCUUGUUUCCCAGGCAUAUAUUUCUACAGCAUAAUUAGCAUCAAUAGGAUCUAAUCCUAUAAUACCAGGUCAAACAGUGAUUUUAAUGAGGGUCAAUACUUUUUUUUUAAUAUAGUUAAUGUUUUUAAAAAGAUGAUCCUUAAUAAUUAAUAUAUUAAUAGAUCUCUUACAUAACAAAUAUCCCUUUCAAAAGCUGUUAUAUCCUACUUGUUCCCAUCUGACCAUUUGUUAUAAAACAGUACCCCCUUCACCCUGAUAUUCUACAUUAUAUUAAAUAAUAAAUAAUAAAGCUGAAUUAAAUGUUGGCUCAGAAUUCACAUGCAUGUAAAUAAAUCUGUGCAUUAAAAAUUUUAUACUUGGAGCUGUUUCCAACUUUGACUAAGUCAUCAAUUUUAUUUAUGUUCAUUAUCCUGGCUAGUGGUGAAAUCCUGUGAACCAGCUCACAUUAAUACAUUCUAAAUUACAGGAUGUUUUUGGCAGUAAACCAUUAUAGUUAUUAGUAGUAGUAUAAGUAGUAGUAUUGUUGUUGUUGUUGUUGUCAGUUUGUUUGUUGUUUGCUUGAUUCUAAAAAAUCAAGCAAUACACUAAGAGUUGAAUGUCUUCCAUCUGUAAAGCAGCUGUAAGACUGCUCAGGUGCAGUUCAGUCUCUGACCAGCAGGAGGAGUAAGUCCUGCCACAAAGAAUUUGUUGUUAUUGAGCUUUGUUUUUACCCAAUAAACUGCAAAGCCGA